AUGGCGUUGAAUCUAUCUCCUCAAGCGGCCGACACGAGCGUGUAUGAGGGAGAAGGUGGCGGAUAUUACGCGUGGACUCCUUCCAAUUUUCCGGUGCUCGCUCAGCUGGCCGUCGGUGCCGGAAAGCUGGUCUUGCGGCCGCGCGGCUUCGCUCUACCUCACUACGCCAACUCUUUCAAGAUCGGUUAUGUUGUUCAAGGCACAUGCACCGUCGGGUUACUACAACCAAACAACCGGCAAGAGACUGUCGUUAAAGUCAGGGAGGGAGACGCCAUCCCUGUCCCGAUGGGAAGCAUUUCGUGGUGGUUCAACGGUGGAGAUUCAGACAUGACCAUAAUAUUCCUCGGAGAAACCAAACAAUCAUACAAUCCAGGCCAGUUUGAUUAUUUUUUCUUGACGGGGGCACUCGGUGCCCUCGGAGCCUUUUCCACGGAGUUUACGAGCAAACUAUAUAAUCUCGACCAACCUGAAUCCAAGAAGCUCGCGAAAAGUCAAACUGCAGCAUUGAUUCUCAAGCUCGGUGAAGAAAUAAGCAUGCCCGAUCAAUCCAACUGCCAUGAUCGAGAAUACGUUGCUAAUCUUCUCGAUCUGAUCCGUUCUGAUAAGUCUUGUUGUCCAAAACCUGUAGCCCGUGCGGACGUCACGGCGGAUAAUUUUGGUUUGCUCGAGAAAAUCGGGCUCAGUGCCAGUUUGGUGAGGCUCGGGCCCAAUUCCGUGUUGGGCCCUUCUUACAGCACGGAUGGGUCGACUCGGGUGAUUUAUGUUCUUAAGGGCGGUGGUCGGGUCCAAGUUGUUGGUCUUAAUGGGAGCUUAGCGUUGGACGAUGAUGUGAGGGAAGAGCAUGUGUUGGUGGUGCCCAGGUUUUUCGCUGUGGCCCUGUUUGCAGGCGAAAAAGGGAUGGAAUUUUACGCUGUCACCACAUCUUCAAGGCCUGAAGAGGGAGAAUUGGUCGGGAUUAGGUCGGCUUGGACCGGCUUAUCCUCGCCCGUUUUACAAGCUUCACUCAAUGUAUCUCCAGAAUUUGUGAAAAUUUUCAAGUCCAGAAAUGAAGAGGACAAGAGUUCUAUUUAA